AUGCGUUUCUUCACUGCUUCCCUGCUCCUGGCUGCCGCCGCCUUUGUGGCCGCUGAUGAAGGAGACAAGAUCGGAACCAUCCAUACCGACGAGACCUGCACCUCUGAGGGAACCGAUCUCAUUGACGGCAAAUGCACCCCUUCAUCCGCAGGUGAUCCCGAGUGUAACCAAGAGGCCAACAAAGAGGUCAACAAAGAGGCCAACCAAGAGGCCAACAAAGAGGCCAACAAAGAGGUCAACAAAGAGGUCAACAAAGAGGCCAACCAAGAGGCCAACAAAGAGGUCAACAAAGAGGCCAACCAAGAGGCCAACAAAGAGGUCAACAAAGAGGUCAACAAAGAGGCCAACCAAGAGGCCAACAAAGAGGUCAACAAAGAGGUCAACAAGGAGGCCAACAAGGAGGCCAACAAAGAGGUCAAUGGUCAGGUCGACGGUCAGGUUGACGGUCAGGCCAAAGGCAUGUGA